GAGAGAGAAAGUAACUCCAGGACGAGACCGGAGCGACCCGCGCAGCGAGCAUAGGCGGCGAGGCUGCGCCUGGCGCCCGAGACCGGCGACUGCGGGGGGCGGGGGCUGCGCCCGAGCCGGAUCCGGCGCUCCGGCUCCGAGCAGUGGUGUCGGGGAAAGGUCGUUGUCCAGCACAGAUGCGUUUGCCGGAGGCAGCACUGGAGGUUCUGGUCGAGGCGUAAAGCCUGGGGCUUCCAAUGAUACUCUGGGCAGCGAUGGAAGCCUAGAUGCCUCACCGCAAGGAGCGGCCGAGCGGGUCCUCGCUUCAUGCCCACGGCAGCGCCAGCACUGCGGAGGGAGGAAGCAUGUCCCGGUUAUCUCUUACCCGGUCGCCCGUGUCUCCCCUGGCCGCCCAGGGCAUCCCACUGCCAGCCCAGCUCACCAAGUCCAACGCACCUGUGCACAUCGACGUGGGUGGCCACAUGUACACCAGCAGCCUGGCCACGCUCACCAAGUACCCCGACUCCAGAAUAAGCCGCCUCUUCAAUGGCACCGAGCCCAUCGUCCUGGACAGUUUGAAGCAACAUUAUUUCAUCGACCGGGAUGGGGAGAUUUUCCGCUAUGUCCUGAGCUUCCUGCGGACGUCCAAGCUGCUGCUCCCGGAUGACUUCAAGGACUUCAGCCUGCUGUACGAGGAGGCGCGGUACUACCAGCUGCAGCCCAUGGUGCGCGAGCUGGAGCGCUGGCAGCAGGAGCAGGAGCAGCGCCGACGCAGCCGCGCCUGUGACUGCCUCGUGGUGCGCGUCACGCCGGACCUGGGCGAGCGCAUUGCGCUCAGUGGCGAGAAGGCCCUCAUCGAGGAGGUCUUCCCCGAGACCGGGGACGUCAUGUGCAACUCUGUCAACGCCGGCUGGAACCAGGACCCCACGCACGUCAUCCGCUUCCCGCUCAACGGCUACUGCCGGCUCAACUCCGUGCAGGUGCUGGAAAGGCUGUUCCAGAGGGGUUUCAGUGUGGCUGCAUCCUGUGGGGGUGGCGUGGACUCCUCCCAGUUCAGCGAGUAUGUGCUGUGCCGUGAGGAGCGGCGGCCGCAGCCCACCCCCACUGCGGUCCGGAUAAAGCAGGAGCCCCUGGACUAGGCCCGCCUCAGUGCCCGCCUGAGGCCGUCUGGCCCUGGGGACACCCCAGGGACCUGGAAACAGUGCUGGGGAGUUCUGCCUCUGCCUGCAGCAGUGGGCAUGAGACUGAGGGUGGGACUGGAGGGUCCAGAGCCAGCCCGGGGAGCCGCAGGUAUCCUGGCAACAGCGCGUGGGAUGCCGGAGACACGCCCACCGAAGGACCGUUGAUGGGACCCAAAGCUGCUGCGGUGGGAACAGUUCUUCCGGCACUUCGGCUCCCUGGCCCGGCGCGGCCUGCUCCGAGGCAGGGUCAGCAGAGGCCUCCGGGCCCACGCCGGGGGAGCCGUUCAUCCUUCUCCACGCGUGGCAGUCUCCGCUGGGUCUCCUUGUGUCACAGAUGGCUUAUUUUUCUACACUAUUUAAGAUGGAAGGAACUAACUGCACAAGCCAGAGAGGCUGACAAGGACCAACGCUUCUUCAUCUGGUGCUCCGUUCGUAGCUGGACGGGCAGUGUGCCCCCCCCCCCCGCAGGUGCCCGCAGAGUGGGGCUUGGAGACUUCUGGUCCCUGCUCCAGAGACAGACGCAAGAGUGGCAAUGCCGUAGGAACUGAGGCAGGGCCCCCAGGGGGCAGGGCUGCCGGGAGGAGGGCUGUGUGGGUGUGGGGGAUGGAUGGCUCUGGAACCAUCUGAGACCCUCCCCUUUGCUGCCACCCAGGGUGCAGGCCACACUUGGUGAGUCACCUGACCUACCAAUGCCCCAGGGGCUUCCAGUCCUGUCUGAGUGUCCUCACCUGGGCUUCUGCAGAAGUCUCUCCCCAUCCAGACCAGCCACGGGGCCACACCGCAUCCUUACCUCAGGAAUGGGCCCCAUGGUGAAGGGGCCCAUGUGUCAGCAGCAUCCUCUGGGUCCCCAGCUCAGGAAGAGGUCCCCAGCUCCACUUUUCCCACACUAAUAUGCACACUGAAUUUGAAUGAAACUGUUACACUAGCUUGCCGAUGAGACUGGGACACAAGGCGUACCUGGGGCUCUGGGCUCCGGAUUCCAACAAGGACCGGCCACGAGGGGUCCUCCCAGACAACAGGCACAAAGGUGGACACCGCCCCCCUUGUCCCCCUUCCCCGCGCUGGCUCCGCCCGGGUGGGGAAGUCUUGGAGGGGCACCCCAGCCGGCCCCGCGCUGUGUAUGAUGCCUGUAGACUUGUAUAUGACUCCUUUAAUAUUGUAAAGAUGCCGAUGUACAAUUGUGUGUGUGUGUAAACACAUUACGUUCCUAGUUCAUGCCAUAAAUGAUGCUCUAAAGCAAACGACUCAGGCUCCGUCCUGUGCAGAAGCGACAGCCGGAU